AUGGGGCUCCUUGCUAUUUUCGCAGCUACUGCUCUAGGCGCAGGCAUCGUGAUGGUGGCCCCUGUGGUUUUGGGAGCCAUUGGUUUCACCUCAGCUGGGAUUGCUGCCGGUUCACCGCCUACGAGCACAAUCCCUUCAGCAGACCCCCAGCAGCAGCAGCCUCCAGCCCAGGACUCUCCUGAGGAAAACUCAGAAGGAGAAGGCUACUUUUCUUGGAUAUCAGGGAAGUCUGUCGCCAUUGUAGGAGGUACAGUGAUGGGAGGACUGGGUGCGGUGGCCUUGGCUCCUGUGGUUCUGGGAGCCAUUGGUUUCACCUCAGCUGGGAUAGCAGGAGGCUCCUUUGCUGCAAGCAUGAUGUCUGCUGCUGCUGUUGCCAACGGAGGAGCGGUGGCAGCAGGAAGUCUGGUGGCUGUUCUACAAUCUGCAGGUGCUGCUGGUCUCUCAGCGACCGCCUCUGCAGCUGUGGCCAGUGUUGGUUCUGGCAUUGGUGCUGGUCUUGGAGCUGCUGCAGGAAGUCCGCCAGGUAAUCCACAGGAGGAGAAAGAGAAAGCUGGGGACAAGGAAGAGAAGAAGCAGGAGGAGAAGAUGAUGAGAAAGGAUCAGAUGAAAGGAGAAAAAGAUAGUGGUGAUGAUGAUGAGGAUGAUGCAGAUGAAGGAAAAGGACAAGAAAUUGUCCCAUACUAA